UGACUGAACCGUCGCCGACGGCUGUAGAGACCAAGAUUACUUCAACUGACAAGUAUGACGUCAAGAACGUUUUCAGUUUGCCUACCCGAGAACCUGAUCAGGUAUGGGACAAUGUAGAGACACCACAGGACAUUGAGGAAAUUGAUGAGGACAUUAACAGCUGGACUUUUAGUCAGGAAAAUGUACCAGAUGAAGUAAAAGUUGAUGUUCACGCAAUAUGCCSAAGUGAAGCUAAAUGGAAGGCAUUUGGGUUUGAUUCUUCAGCUUUGCAAACUGCUGACCCAUGGGCAAGUAGGAACAUGUGGUUCCAACAAUUAACUCAUUCAGUGCGACUGGCAACCCAUAACAGGUGCCCAUGUGUGGUAAGAAUUCCAACGCCAAGCACAUGGCCGGCUGUUUUGGAAACAACACCUGAGCCAUUGAGUUUUGAUUAUCAAAAUUAUGCAUUAUCCUGGUUAGCUUAUCAGCAACAGGCAGCAACAGACGUUUGGUUGUCUAUAUCAGUGGGUUUAUUUGUGCCUAGGAAGAACUGUACAUGGCUGAUAGCAUUACCUUAUAUCAGUUUAGUUGACAGACAUGAACUAGGACAAAUGACAGGCCCUGAUUAUUUAGAUGUUCCAGUUAGUAGAGCAAGUACUUGUUUUUGCUUGAAUGAGACACAUGGUAGUGUGGGUAGGUUUGUGGGAAUAUUUGAGUGUGACAAUUAUGGGAUGAUGUUCAAUGUUAGACGACCAACAGAUGGAAAGAAGUUACAUCCAGUGACUUUUUGGGAUCCAGCAUCUGAGGAGAGUAGGACUCUGUUAGUUGAAUAUCAGCCUCUUCCARCUAAUGUCACUAUUGGGAACUUUAAGGAUAUUUGGUGGGUGUGCGGUAAUAAAGGUUACAUAGUCUUACCAUACAGUUGGACUGGUUGUUGUUGUUUUAUAGCAUUUCUCAAACUUCCAUAUGAUGUUUUUAUAUUACAACAGGGAAGAGCCACCUGACAAUGUUCAGCCCACCUCUGAUCCUUCUGCUAGAUGGAAGAGAGUUAGCUCAGUUCCACAAGCUGGAAGCCUAUCAUUGGAGAAUAUCUUUGGGUGAAAAAAUGGAGAAUAGGACAAUUUCCAUUUUAUGGUGUAACAUUUCUUGUUGAUCACMUUGACAACAUAACAUAUACUUUACAGGGUUUUGCGAACRAAACGAUUAAAGGGUUCAGUCUUUUAUCUGACACUCAGAGAACAGAGAAGUCACAGACUGACSCUGUUGAAACACAAUAUGGCAUUGGAUUACAUUUUGGCUAAACAAGGAGGUUUAUGUAUGGCACUAAAUCUGACAGGAGACGCUUGUUAUACUUUGAUCCCUGACACCUCGGAUAACCUGACUACGGUAAUUGAGGCACUGUCAAUCAUAAGAGAUGCUUUUGGCCCUUCUGGAUGUGUUUKUUGGUCUGCCACUGCUUGGUUACAAGAUCAGUUGGGACCGGUKGGUGCUUUGUUGGUCCAAAUUCUAAUAGCAGUGGUGUUAGCAUUAUGUGUGAUGUUCUGUUUUUGUACUCUKUUGCUGACUUUCGCGAAAGCCCUGAUUUUAAGAUGGGUAGGAAUGGUGAUGCCUAACAACCAAGCACAAAUGUCAUUAUUAGAUGGACAUGUGAGUGAUGAGGAAAUGAUUCACCUACAGAGUGAUGAUGUUGUGGACAUGUACCCAUUUUAAGUAUUUUGUUAGGUCUGGUUCCACUUCACAAUAGGUCUGUGUGUUGACACUGUGAAGGGAAAUGUGUGUAGGACGGGUGCCAAUUUUUCUUUGGUUCAGUUUUCUCCUGUUUUUGUAAUCUAAGGAGGUAAGAUGAAUGUAAUUUGUUUGUUUUGUUUUGAUGGACAGGACAGCAGUUACUCAGAAAAUUAGAGUCUUUUUGUUGUGUUGGCUAAAGCCUGGUCUGAAGCUGAAAUUGCUACWGUUUUCCUUUUAUUACUUCAGUGUUUAAUUCUGGCCAUGAGUAACUGUUAAGACAUCGCAUAUACUGUUUUUCUUUUCUCUUUAUUUACUGAUAUGUUUAUUGUCAUAUUUUAUUUGCCUAAAUAGUUAUUUUUUUCUUU